AGAAAGGUGUAAGGUCCGUGUGUGUCCUGGGCAUGGGGGGUGCCGUGUCUUACACGUUAUAACGGAAGCGCAGAUGCUAUUCAUACCCCUUCCAAACCCCCAGAGACUCCCGACUAACCUAUUGCAGACUGCGACCCAUGAGUGCAGACUGCAGCGGGGCUGUCAAAGGUCCAGGUGCGCUGCUGCGUAUCGCUGCGUGAUAACUACCGGGCUGGAGAAAUCAUGGAGGGCGAACUUUCGCAGUCUGUGGGAACCGGCAACAGUGAUGACUCCUCGUCCUCUUCGUCACUUUCCUCCUCGGGAUCCCAAACCCUGUCCGAGGGGGACGUGAAAACCUCAUCUGGGGGCAGCAGCACAGACUGUGACUGUGAGGGGCAACACAUGGCAGAGGAGAGGGCUGCCCAGAGAAGUGGGGGCAAAGGGCUGGAUACGGGGCACCGAGAAGAAGAAGAAGAAGAGCUUGACAAUAUACUGUCCCCACCACCAAUGCAAUCACGGAAAUGUAGCAAUCCUGAAGUCUCAUUCCGGAUGGGCAAGUCUGGGAAAUACAAGAAACAGCUAAGUGAAGAUGGUCGACUCCUCCGAAGGGGGAGCUUAGGAGGAGCUCUGACAGGGAGAUACUUGCUACCAGCUGUUACUGCUCAACAGACAUGGCAAGCGUCCUCGGAGAAAUCCAAUCUUGUGCGAAUGCGGAGCCAGACACUCGGUCAGUCUGCUCCUUCACUUACUGCCAGCUUGCUCCGCUUCUCUUGGAGCCCUUCAGCGAAAGGAAGCAACCUCUGUGCACAGCCUGUUCCCCAUUUAGAUAAAUGGGGAGAAGAUGUCCUUGUGGGGCUCAUUGUGGCUCUACUGUUUUGUGACGAAGAAGCUAGAAUAUUGCAGACGGAUUUGUGGAGAAAAGUGUUUCUGCACCUCUUUCUCUGGGAAUCUGUCUGGAUUGUGCGCCCUGGAUAUGUGCAAAAGGCCCGACCCUUUUUCGAGAAGCACUCAUGGGGUGCCUGGUUAAUAGAGCCAGUACAGAGGAGAUGUGUACCAUGA